AUGAAACUUAAAGAUAUACUUUCCUGGUUACUUGAUCGAAUUCGAAAUUACAAUGUUUUUAUGUCCGAAGAUGAUCAUGUGGAUAACAACGAUGAAGUACAAGAACCAAGUGAUAUUCUUAAACACCAAAAAUAUACGACUCGACUGUAUGUUCUUCUACUCAUCACAUGUUUGUAUGUUUUGUUCUACGCUGUUUUGAUCAAAACACAACCAAGAACUAUUACCGAGCCUCAUGUUACUCUUGCUAAAUUCAAUGAACUUCAUUUGGAAUACAGAACAACUCUCAUAUGUCCAUGUUCGAAACCCACACUAUUGUAUAAGGAUUUUGUUUCUUUUUCAAUCACGUUUCAUCCUAUUUGCAAGAGUAUCUUUAUUCACGAAGAAUGGAUCGAAGGAUUAUCUAAUAAAAUGCAAAGCAAUUAUACACUUUGGGACUUUCCAACAGUAGCUCAACUUCAGUUUAAUAUUUUGGCGAGUCUUUGUUUGUUCUCUGAAAACAAAGUUUCCGACAUUCAAUUUAAUAUGCGCAAUCAUGAACUUGUUUCUAUACAUCUUUAUACUGAAAUACAACUGGAAACACAAGUGAAUAACAUCAUGCACUAUAUCAAAACCGAUGCAUUUGAUCCAAAUAUUCUGUUUGUGAACUAUAUUAUGAAAAUUAUUCACAGGAGUAAAUUCGUUUCUGCACUCAAUACAAAUAUAUGGUUAAAUGCUACAUACAAUUCUGAAACUGAAUUACUUCAAAUAGCAUUAACGCCCCCCUCCACUUCUAUUAAUAAUACGGGUAGCAUAAAUUGUUUCGAAUCUGAUGUUUUUGCGAGAGCAAAUCUCAAUACAGGACCGUAUCAUCAAAUAUUUAAUAAUCCUAGUGAUAUAACUGACCAUUUGAUACUGGAAGGAGAUAUCAAAGGAUUCUUCGUUGGAUGUAGUCCAUUUUCAAGUAUUCUUUCAAGCACACUUGAAUGCUUAUAUGAUAUCAAAUGUGUCCAUUCAAUAAUCAACCAUUUUCCGUUCCUUCAACAAAUGAAUAUUAGCUGGGCCGAUCAUAUUUUAAGAACACAACAAAGAAAUAUUUCUGUACAAGAAUAUUUUUCUAAAUUUUUCACUGAAGAAUUGGAAAUAGUAUCAAAUUAUUCAAAUUAUUUUAGCGAAUGUGCUCCAUCAUUUUGCACAUAUACAAAAACGAAUCAGAUCAAUUUUUCUCGUGCAUUAACACUUUUUAUUAGUUUAUAUGGUGGUCUCAUUAUUAUACUUCGCUUGAUGGCACCACUCUUAAUGAGCACUUUUAUGGAAUUGAAAUAUUGUUUUAAAAGUCGAAACAUUGCUUUAGUAUUUCGACAAAUACAUCCAUCGAAAUCCUUUAAAUCCAUCAAACAAUUGAAUUUAUUUAGAAGAAUUCAUCAACAAACAGAAAGUGAUAUUAAACAACAAAAGAUUACAACACAUCUUUAUUUGACUCUGUUGUCAAUCAGUAUUAUAUCUCUCGUUCUCUUUAAUUCACUGAGCACUCAUAUGACUAUGAUAACUGUGCCGAAUCCAUCAUUAACCAUUUAUAAUGAUCUACAAAUGAAACAUGCAAAUACACUCAAAUGUCCAUGCACUACUAUGGCAAUACCACAUCAGAAAUUUAUUUCAUUAAGUAUAGUUUUACAUAAGCUAUGCACAACCGCUUUUUCACCAAAUGGUUCCGAAUCUCUAUUCAGUUAUUUUAACAUGCAGACGAGACAAUGCCCACUUUUACCAUGGAGUUGUACUAUUGAAGAACAUUUCGAAUUGUUACGAGUUCUUUGCCAACUGGCUAAUGAGAGAAUCAAUAAUGCUAUUCUUCGCUUUAAUACGCAAUCCUUUAUUACUACAACUGUACUUAAUGAGCUCGAUUUUAAAACACAGAUUGAUGUGAAUAUUAAUCAAUUUUUUCAACCGAUCAUUUUCCAUUUUCGUUUCAUCAUUGAAUUAUCACGUCUUCUGCUCCAUAUCGAUCAACCGUAUAAGAUACAAAGCAUUUAUCAUAUAUUUACUGUAAGCAGAUAUACUGUUUCAAUUUAUAAUGAUGCAAGUGAAAUUAAUAAUCAAUCACAAUCAUUAUCAAAGAUAUUAUCUCGUUUGGUUCAGUAUCAUCAGUUUUUGGGAUCGACCAAUUGUUCUUGUAUCAUCAAUUCUCGUUGCACAACAGAAGUCUUUUUCACCUUUAAUUUUCCAGGUCUACUAAAUGAUGAUGGAAAGAAUCGUAACAAUUCACUACAAGGAAUAGUCGAGAGUUGUUCUAUUAUUGAUUCUGUUCUGGAUUCAACACUUGAAUGUUUCUAUGUUGAUUCUGAUUGUUAUCCAAUAAUUAAAUCUCGUGUAUUUCCAAUUUUGACACAAAACGUCGACAAACUACCACAAUGGGUGCUCGAUUUUCAAUCUUUUACUUAUAAUCCGACAAGAGAUCGUUUUUCUUCAAAUACACCAAUUUCAGUUAUGGUAGAAAAUUUGAUGAUAGAUCAAUUAAAUACAAUUCAUUCAUACAAGAAAUUUUAUGAAUUAUGUGCACCGAAUCAUUGUACUUAUUUUGAGAGAGUUCGAGUAAAAACUUUUGCUGAAUUAAUGGUAACAUUAAUGUCUUUGAUUGGUGGUUUAACAGUCUCUCUACGUCUUAUUACACCUCAAAUUGUUAGUCUUGUCUAUCGUUUAUUAACUCUAAUUAGCAAAAGACGAAACGAACAAGAAUCACAAGUUCGUCAGAAAUGGUCGAAUCGAUUGAAAAUAACUAUACAAAAUUCUAUCAGAUUUUGUAUUAUUAGUAUAACAAAUUUAAAUCUUUUUCCUAUGAGAUACUUUGGAAGUAACACUGAUCGAAUAAAAGCUAAACGUCUUGGUCAAAUAGCUACUCGUCUAUAUAUCAUUUUACAUAUUGUUGCAUUUGUUAUUAUUAUCUUCUAUAAUAUUGUUCGACCUGCAACACAAAGAGAAACUUUUGAUCAUCUAACAUUCGAUUUCUACAAACAGCUCGAGAAGAAACAUGGAAAUAAAUUAGAAUGUCCAUGUACAAAUAUUGCAUCAAAAUAUGAUAAUUUUGUGGAGAAUGAAGUAGAAUUGCAUGAGGUUUGUUCAAGUCCAUUCGUUUCGAAUGAAUGGAGAAUGAAUCUUACAGAUAAUCUACACUUAAGUACUGCGAUAUACGAACAAGGUGAUGAUUAUCGACGUUUUCUCUCUCCCCAUUUACAAUUUCUCAGUGGUUUAUGUAAUAUUUUCAAUGAAUUAACAAACAGUAGUAUUACACAAAUUAUGUCUUCUUUUAUGAUUACUACUCAACUCUUAACUGAAGAAGACUUUAACGAACGUCUCAAUUUGAAGAUUGAUCAGACAAAAUCCAAUGUCCAUACAAUAUUCACUCGUUAUUUCUCUUUAACUCAAAGUAUUAAACAUGGAAGUGCUUUAAUAUCAGGAUUUGGAAGUAAUUUCAAUUAUAUUUUUAACAAAUCUGUCAAUUAUCUAUUGACUAAACCUAUGAUAUAUGAUAAUCAAUGUUCAUGUGAAUUGUAUUCAAAUUGUACAACACAAGGAAAUUUUCUAAAGAUGAAUGAUUUUGAAAAAAUUCCACUUCAAGGUUUAAAAGUGGGAUGUUUACCAACAGAAUCAUUUCUUCAAUCAACACUUGAAUGCUUUUAUAAUCAAUCAUGUCUUGAUCUUAUUCGUGAACAUACGAAAUAUACAGCAAAAAUCACUCCAUUAUCUCUAGUCAACACUCGAUUUCCAUUAAAUACUACUAUACUCAAAUUGAUCAAUGAUCUAUUUGUUGAAAAAUGGAUACCAAAGGUGAAUUAUUCAAAUUAUUUUGAAAAAUGUUUACCCUUGUCAUGUUCUUAUACUUACGUUGAACGAAUUAAUUUAGUUUACAUGAUAACAUUUCUACUUGGUAUUCAAGGUGGUUUGACAAUCGUUCUUCAAUGGAUAUGUCCUCAGAUAAUUCUAUGUGUAUUUAAAAUAAAUGAAUAUCGAAAGAAAGGAACGAAUACUAUUCAACCAAGUAGUUCGAUGAGAAUCACAACUAUUGAAACUCAUCAAAAUUCUACAAACAAUUCAAAUGCAUCAUCGACAACAACUAUAUGGCAAAACUCUCUCAAGAUUAUCUUAAUGUGCAUUUCGGUGAUAAUUGUGGCAGUUCUUCUUACGAUCUUUUCUAUUUAUAUGGUUCAAUCAGCUUCUUCAAAUAACACAACAAUUAAUAUCGAUACAACGACGGUGACGACAACAACAUAUUCACGUAAUUCAGUAUCAAAUUGUCCAUUAAAAUUUCAAACCAUACCAAUACCUACAUAUUGUUCUUCUUCGCUUUUUAAAUCACCCGUUGUUGCUGAUCUCAAUAAAGAUAAUCGACUUGACCUCAUAUAUUUUUGCUCGAGUCUUAAGGCUGUUCUUGUGCGACUUGGAAUUGAUAAUGGAAAUUUUUCUAGACAAGUCAUAACUCCAAUAGAAACGUAUUCUGAUACAUUUCAACUCGAUAUUAUUGAUUUUAACAAUGAUGGACAACUUGAUCUUGCCUUUGUUGAAUUUGAAACCAAACAAAUAUUAAUGUUAGCAGGAUAUGGAAAUGGGGGUUUUCAAUUAGUUUCAACAUUUUCCUUUGAAAAAAUUCCACUUUCCAACUCUAUUGCUCUGGCUGAUUUUAAUGGUGACAAAUAUUUAGAUAUCACUGUCAUGGAUACGUUUGCAAACAUAAUUCUUAUAUACAUUGCAAUGAAUAAUGGGAAUUUUUCACUCCAAACGACAAUUUUUACUGGACGUUCAAGUUAUCCACAAAACCUAACUGCUGCUGAUUUAGACAAUGAUAAUAACAUUGACCUUAUUACUUUCAAUACAAAACUCUGCGGGUUUACUGUUUUUCGCGGUCACGGUAAUGGCAGUUUUGAAAAACACAAAUUUCAUCCGUUCGAUAAUUAUAUGCAUCUAUACAUGACAAUCAACGAUGUUAAUAAAGAUAAUCGGCUCGAUCUUGUUACUUGGAAUUAUCAUAAAGGAGCGAUUCAUAUUUGGUUUGGAUAUGGUGAUACUACUUUUAAUACAAGACAACCUAUUAUCAUACCAGUUGCAUCACAGCCAUCGGUAGCUACUGGAAGCGAUUUUAAUCGUGAUGGUUAUAUCGAUAUAGCUAUUAUGUACCCUUUAGAGCCGAAUAUGAAAAUAAUACUUGAAAAUGAAAAUGGAACCUAUUCUACAAUAACAGUAUCUUUGAAUGAAGAUGAUGUUCUGAAUGGUUUCAUUGUUAAGGAUUUCAACAGUGACAAUUACAAAGAUAUAUUGGUUAUCGAUGAUCAAUUGUCUACUAUCAAUAUUUUUCUCAACUUGGGUGAAUAUUGUGUACAUGAAACAUGA